AAAACCAGAGGAAGGCGUGAAACAGUCUUUAAGGAGCGCACAACUGCACACAAUUCUAGAGUCUGCUGAAGAAACAUCUUAAUAUCACCUGCAAAACACUGAGCAUAAGAGAGUCGAAUACAGAAUUGUCUGAGAAAGUAAGAGGCAAGAAAGAAGAUAACACAAUAUUUUCAAAAAAAGAAGGAAUUUAAAAUUAACACGUUUUUCAGCAUUAAAAAGUAACCAGUGAAAACCAAAAGUAAAACACAUAAAUAAAAUCGAAUAAAGUAAAAAUCAAAACUUUACUUCACAGCGGGGCGCGCACAGAUGGCUGCUCUGAUUAGUGCAUACUCGUCGUGGCCGGAGAGUUUCGAACGCUCUCCCGGGGAAGGGGACCUCUCAGAUGGACUCCUCUCUCAAAGAUCCCCGGGGGACAAGGGUUCAGAGCCCCGCAUCAGGAGACCCAUGAACGCCUUCAUGGUUUGGGCUAAAGAUGAAAGGAAAAGACUGGCAGUCCAGAAUCCAGAUCUUCAUAAUGCUGAACUCAGCAAAAUGUUGGGCAAGUCUUGGAAAGCCCUGACCCCUUCCCAAAAGAGACCAUACGUGGAGGAAGCUGAAAGGCUGAGGGUGCAGCACAUGCAGGACUACCCCAACUACAAGUACAGGCCACGGAGGAAGAAGCAGCUCAAGCGUAUCUGCAAGCGAGUCGACCCCAGUUUCCUGCUUAACAACCUUUCUCCAGAUCAAAACUCCAUCCCAGACAACCGUAGACCAGGCAUGGACAAGGAGGAGGAAAAUGGCUACUCCUCCAGUCCAGGUCUCCCCACCAUCAGAAGUUUUAGGGAGCCUCCAAGCUCUAACGGCAGCUUCGAUACUUACCCAUAUGGGCUGCCCACCCCACCUGAGAUGUCACCGUUGGACCACAUAGACCAUGACCCAACCUUCUACUCAUCCUCUUGCCCUGAAGAAGCUCAUCCCUAUGUGAAUGGGCAUGCCUACCUUCCUGAAUACAUCCAAAGCUCCAUCCAGUGUGGUGGCCACCUGGGUCAAAUGCCCAUGUCUCAAGCAGGGUCAACCAUGAUGGCCUCUACUUCCAGCUGCCCACCUCCGCUCUCUUACUACAGCCCACCUUAUAACUCCAUGCACCACCACAUCCAAAGCCAUCUCGGCCAACUGUCCCCACCUCCAGAGCACCAAAAUCUGGAGACCUUGGAUCAGAUCAGCCAAGCAGAUCUAUUAGGAGAGGUGGACAGGAAUGAGUUUGACCAGUAUUUAAACUCCACAGGCCAACCAGAUAACAAUGGGAUGACCAUCACUGGACACAUCCAGGUCACUCCAGCAGCUUGUACCAACAGUACUUCAGAAACCAGUCUCAUCUCUGUGCUGGCUGAUGCUACAGCAGCAUAUUACAACAACUACGGUAUCUCAUAAACCAUACAAGCACUACGAAGACAUAAACAUUUCCAUCCAUCUAAACAGCUCAGUAUUUCUGCCACAGGCAGAGAAAGAGAGUGGUAUAAGACACCUCCAGUAGCGAAUGGACAUCUCAGGGCUGCACGGACAAAAUACAAUAAAAUGAAUCAUUUAUUUUAUAUUCGUGUUGGUAAUAAGAUCUCCACUGUACUAAACAAGUUUAUGGAACUGGUUUGUGUUGACUGUCAUUGUUGCCUGUAUAGAAGCUUUUAAACCUCUUUAAUGUGUUUACAUAACAAUUGCAUUUUGAUUGUCUUGAAUUUACUUUUGUUGCUAUUGCUGCUGCUGUUGUUGUUGUUGUUCUUGUCCUUGCAGUUUGGGCUUAUGUCUGUAUUACGUGAAUGACUUCUCCUCUUUUUCUUUGUAAAUCCUCCUCCUGAAUGUAAGAAAAUAUCCAUGCUGAAUUCAUUUUGGUGUAAUAUGAAGAAAACAUGUUUUAUUGUUUUGAUAGCCUUUUGUUCCUGGGCUUCUAAAUAUUUACUCUUUAAAAAAAAAAAAAAAAAAAAAAGUUAAAUAAAGAUUGUUAUUUAGGUUUGAGAAAUGGAUUUAAUUUAAAUAAAAUAUAAACUUUUAUACACACAACUGUCCAGUUUUUAAUUUUUUUAAGUUUAUUUACAAACCCAUUCUUUGGUGCAUAAUGCUAGCUAUUAUUAUUAUUAUUAUUAUUAUUAUUAUUAUUAUUAUUAUUAUUAUUAUUAAUAAUAAUAAUAUUUCUUAGCAGAUGCCCUUAUCCAGGACAAUUUACAGUUGUUACAAAAUACCACAUUAUAAUAUAAUAUUACAGUACAGAGUAUCACAUUGCAGAAUAUCACAUUACAGGGGCAGCAGUGUGGAGUAGUUUUUAGGGCUCUGGACUCUUGACCGGAGGGUCAUGGGUUCAAUCCCAGCUGCGAGACACUGCUGCUGUACCCUUGAGCAAGGUACUUUAACUAGAUUGCUCCGGUAAAAACCCAACUGUAUAAAUGGGUAAUUGUGUGUAAAAAUAAUGUGAUAUCUUGUAACAAUUGUAAGUCGCCCUGGAUAAGGGCGUCUGCUAAGAAAUAAUAAUAAUAAGAGCAGUUAUAAAGUACAAUGAAAUCAGUGGCAAAUAAGAUCAAAUUCGAGUAAGAUGAAGAAUACAGUUGAGAAUAAAGAAUGAGUUUGACUGAGAGCAAUAAACUUAUAGAAAAAAAUAUUUGCUUAUAUGAAUAAAGUCCUGUAAGAGCACAUAGUAAGUAUGAUAAAUGGGUGAGAAUGAUUUCAAAUAAGAGCAAUUACAAAAAAAAAAAAACAUGAAUACGGAUACCUAUAAGAGUAAAUCCUAUCUCCUAUGUACUGUACAGCUAUGGCCAAAAGUUUUGAAUUUCCUCUAGAAUUUUAGAAUCAAGACAUAAUUAAAAAAAAAAAAAAAUGUAUGAACAUAAUUUAGAUCUUUUAUUUAACACUUUGUAAUCAAAUAAACUACAAAAUCAUAUCACAAAAGUCUUCCAGUAGCCGUAACAGUAGUACAGUAUUCAUGUUAGAUUUCAAAAUGUCACAUUUUACAAUUUGUGUCAGUUUUUCAUUAUGUAUAUGAAAAGCUACAAAACGGUUUGUAAUUAAAUAUGUUAACGUAACAUUACUCAGCAGGUUUCAUUCGACUUUAUGAAGCAAAAUUAGUUAAUUCUACAGGGUGAUGCAAAACCUUUGGCCAUAGCUGUAGACAGGAGUAUUAAUCUCUUUGACUUGUUCUCUGUAUAUUUGCAUCUGCUGUGGCAGAAGCAUAAUAACCUGAGUCUGAACUUCUCCCUAUUGACACACCCUCUGUCAUAAUAGCUAGUCACUUUUUGUUAAUGUUUUCCCCAAGCCCAACUAUGAAAUUGGAAGGCAGAUCAUUAGUGGUACACAUGUGCUCAAUAGAAGAUGUUUUCAUUUUGUUCUUCUAAGGUCCUUCAAGACAAAAUUAUUGUUAUUUAUUCUUUUGGCUAUAGCUGUAGGUAUGUGAAGGGCUAAAAAGUACAAUAACAAGCUAUACAUGUUGCCAUGGAGAUUUAAAGGAAGAAGAAAGUGGAAAGUUCACCGGUUGAAUUUGAAGCGAAUAUUUGAAUCUGAGGCUAACAUCAGCCCAGUAUUUUACAACUGUAAUGCAUAAAACAUUUCUUUGUAAUUCAUUGUCUUCAUUGUAUGGAAAUAAAUAAACCGUGCAUGUGUAACAAGGUAAA